AUGUCAGCUCCUAUUCAAGGACCCUUUUCUUAUACUCCACCACCUUUUAUUAACGAAAAGCCGUCGUAUCCCGGACGCAGGCCAUAUAAGGUUAGUAAAAUACCCAAACCAUCUAAUAAUGACGGGUUAGGGGAUGAUGAUAUAUCAAAUAUAGUCAAAUAUAUGUCCUCGCAAGACUUAGAAAAGCUAUUAGAAUUCGUUCAAAACAAAGAUCAAGGUUAUAAUAAGUACAAAGAUCGAUACAACAGUAACGAAUAUAUGCGAACUUACAAAAGAGAAAACAAAGAAUUUAGUGCGUAUGAAAAACCAACGUCUCAUAAAGAAGAAAUUGACUUUUUGAAUUAUGUCACUGAACCGACUUUUGAUAAUUUUCUCAAAGCCCAAGAAACUCAAUACUCUAAACCAACUCGUGAACAUUCAGAACGAAUACGAGCUGCAAACAUACCCAAUGAAUUGGCCAGUUUCUCUUCUGAACAACACUAUAUUAACUCUGAUAAUACGGCUAGUUUUUCAAUCCCAACCAAGAAACAUAACACAGAAAGUAUUCCUACCUAUUUAAAUAUAUUUACUGCUCAAGAAUCUCAGCCAAUACAAACUCAUAUUUCAUCACAUUAUCAAAACAAAGACAAUACAAAUAGGCCGGUACCAGACCUUGUUUUCAAUAACUCUGUCUUUCUUGAAACCAACGAAGAAGAAAAGCUACCACCCCCAGUGAACAUGAGAGAGGAAGAUUAUGAAUCAUCAUUCACAAAUAAUGUACCAAAAGUUGUAAAGCCUGAAUCGUAUGACGUGCAAAAUUUUGGUGAUUUGCCGUUAAUGGACUACAAUUCUAAGUUGCAUGAUGUCAGUUCUUAUCACGUACCACAUUAUUCCGUAACUGAUACUAAACCAUCACAAGCAGUAGCAUCUAUGGUAUCCUUCCCAUCAUCGUCAUCUUCAUCAUCAUCGCUUCUGAAAAUAUCACCAGCGGCGGCUCAUAUCUUGGAACCUAUAUACGAACCCGCACCACCUGUUUCGGCAGCUGCUAGUCAAACUGAUGCCCAUCUCAAGGCUACCAAAAUCUGGUCUUACAAAUCACGAGGUGCUGCUUACACUUUAAAUGAUGAUGGAAGUCUGACUCCUGAGAGGAGUAGGCCUAGAGAAUACAAAAGACCUUAG